UUUUUUUUCAUUCUCGAGUAAAUCUAAAUCAAAAUGGGUAAAACAACAUUGAUCGCUUCGUUAAUCUUAUCAAUAGUCAUCGCCAUGACUAUGUCGUUGGAUACUCCUGAGUUAAAACUUAUAAAAGCUCAUAAUGUCCUGGAUCAAUCUUAUAUAUCUAAUAUUAUUCACAAAUUAAGAAACAUUCAGGGUGAAGCAAAACAACCGGACCUAGAAGUUUAUUUAUUGAAACAAUCGUCCAAUGGAAAUUGGAAUCCAGUAAAUGAGAAAAAGCCGCUUGUUCAUAGCGACACGAAUAAUAUCGAUUGUCAAUGCAAGUGUACAAAAAAGAAAUCUGAUGGAUUAACGGGACGACCCACUAACAACAAUUCUGGAUAUCAUGAUGGUCCUAUGGAGACUCAUGGAAAGAUCGAUUCAAUGCCAACAAAGAAAAAAUCUUUUUCUUGUGCACCGGAUAGCUUCUGGGAUGGGUCAAAAUGUGCACAGAUAGUUUAAGAGAAAUUGACAGGAGAUCUGCAAACGUGAUGGAGUAUAAACCAUAUUCGUUGUAACUUUCUUACGAUCCUACAAUUUUAAAUGUAUCAUGGUUGUGAAAAUAAAUAUU